AUGGCACCACAGAUCACAAUCCAGCGGAUCAAUACAGUAGCCGACAGCAACAGUACGGCUAUUGCUGCAGUACUCAACACCGCUGAGCUCUUAGAGAACGUCCUGCUUCGUGUUGAUCCUGCGAGAAUGGUAUUCACCAUGCAACGCGUUUCUGCCUUAUGGCAGAACGUUAUCACCCACUCCAUCAAGAUCAAACGUAUGCUCUUCCUCAUACCAAUUGGCGAGUAUGCAACGAGGUUCAUCGGCCUGGCACGCUCUGAGGGUGAGGACUUCUUCCCAAUACCGACAUACACCGAGGGCGCUUUAGCACUCAAUGAUCAGAAAAUCCACCGCUCGCUCUCGCCAAUGACAAGAAAAAGUGUUUCGCACCGCAGAAUCCGUCAGUGGGUCGAGGGUCGCCUCCAAGGCGAAUGCCGCAUUGACAAUGACAUCGGGCCCGAUCAGCAACGAGUCCGUUUCACUUGGACUGAAGGAGCCUAUCCAAGGAUCAACGGUGGUAAAGGCGACAAUUUGGAAAGUCGGGGCUUCGACAACAAGAGCGCUUCUUGGCGGAGAAUGUUCCUCACGCAACCUCCGUGUACAUGGGUCCGCCUGCAUCUCAAAUUCACGCCCUCGGUGUCCCCCGUCCCCCUUGACUUCUUCAGACGGUCCCGCUUGCAACGCUAUGGUAUAGUUCUGAGCAACGGUGUCACUUUGGGGGAUCUGUUUGACAGGCUGGAAGACCUGGUGCACAAGAUGUGGAUGGAAAGUCAAGGCUCACCUCUUCCGAGAGCAGAGAACUUCCUCCUGUCUAUGACUUGGUGUAUACUGGAAGCGAAGCCAGAACACGAACCCGACACGGUUCUCGAGCCUCCCACGGAGGAGAACUCGCACAUUCGGACAUUCGACGGCAAGUAUGGCCUGCAAUACACGACGUGA